AUGAAAGCAGACGAAUCGUUGCGACAAAAGCUACUGCAAGCAGAACUUUUGCCAGCCAAAGAUGGGUAUGACAUUUGUGCUCGAAUUUACAGAUUUGUGCAUCAAAAUGACAGACUAGUUCAAUCAUCGACCAAUAUUUGUCCUCGUGCUGAGCCACUGAACGACGAAGACAUGUAAGUUUUUUGAUAGGAUUACUGUAGGUAUACUGUAAUUUUAAAAUAAUUUUUGUUGAAAUUGUAUUCUUUGGGAUUUUAGCUACCUAUUUGUGUAUGAUUGUCUGACUUUUUGCGUGUGGCAUUUAUAAAAAAUGUCCUUUUAGAAAGAUAACACUGGCUCCUCAAGACAGUGAAGUGAGACGUGUCGUGCUAAAUUUGACAACCCCUGAAAAUAUGUUUGUGUUGUUCGUAGUAGAUGCAAAGUAAGUCUAAAUUUAUUUUUUUAGCACAUUUUAGCAACUACAUUAUGAAGUACGACAGCUCGACAAAGUCAUUCCGUCCCUUUAUUUCCGAACGGAAAUACCUUGGCCUUCAUAUAACUGACAAGUACGUGAUUACCCAAAAAUGUGACGGUGAUGAAGUUGAAUAUCGAAGUUAUGAUGGACAGUUGUACCCAAAGACCAAGGACAGCAGUGUAUCGUACUGUGGGCAGUACGGACACGGGAGAGAUUUGGGUGAAGAAGGGAUCGUGCCGUGA